GCAUACCUUAUCAAUCGAACGUUUAUACUUGCAUUCAUUCGAAGUUAAACCAUUAAAUCUUUGGCUGCCAAUUGUAUUCGAAAUGAAGUGGAGGGUCUGCAUAAUUCUAUUUAUUCAUCUCUCCUGUAUCCAAGGAAAACCGCCUCACAUUAUCUUUUAUUUAGUCGAUGACCUUGGAUGGAACGACGUAAGUUAUCACGGAUCUUUACAAAUACCGACUCCGAAUAUUGACGUUUUGGCUGCUAAUUCAAUACUCUUAGAUAAUUAUUACGUUCAACCCCUGUGCACCCCAUCAAGAGCUGCGUUACUUACUGGAAAACAUCCAAUACAUUUAGGUCUGCAGCAUCUUGUUAUUCGCACUGCUGAGCCAAGUGGAUUACCAUUGGAUGUGAAAACUUUACCUCAAUAUUUGAAAAAAUUUGGUUAUCGAAGUCACGGCGUUGGAAAG